GUCUCUUUUGAGUUUUGACUGUUACGAAUCCCUUUCUCCUAUAAGGUCAUUCAUUCAUUCUCUUAAUUCUUCUUAUCCUUAAUUCUUUCUUCAAUUCAAUUCAUCUUUCUCUUCUUCUCUCUUAUAAUUUCAUUUUUCCAUUUACUACUUUUGCUUCAUUGCUUCUAAGUUGUAUUGAUUUUCUGGUCUGUAAUGUUUCUAUUUUUUAUUUUUCUGCUCAAUUAUUGUUUCGGAGCUUUUGUUUUGUUGAUUUAGUUUUUUCUUGUUAGAAAUUUGAAGCAGCAGUGUUGAAUUAAAUUGGCCCAGCUCUGCACAGAUUCGACACUCAAAUAACAAAGAAAGGUUGGGAUGGGUUGUAAGUGCUCUAAGUUCUCAGCAUGCUGUUGGAGUACUGAGCAAGGUGGUGAUCCGGUUCUGGAGGCUAACAUUGAUGAAAAUGAAGAUAAUAAUAUUGAGGGAAAUGGGUUGCCGUUGUUUCGUGAAUAUACAAUUGAUCAGCUUAGGAAGGCCACUUCUGGGUUUGCAAUAGAAAAUAUUGUUUCUGAGCAUGGAGAAAAGGCUCCGAAUGUUGUCUAUAAAGGGAAACUUGAAAAUCAAAUGCGAAUUGCUAUCAAACGGUUCAACAAAUCAGCAUGGCCAGAUACCCAUCAGUUUUUGGAAGAGGCCAGAGCUGUUGGUCUGAUAAGGAGCCAAAGAUUGGCAAAUCUGCUUGGAUGUUGCUGUGAAGGUGAUGAGAGGUUGCUCGUAUCAGAAUAUAUGUCCAAUGAUACUUUGGCAAAGCACUUGUUCCAUUGGGAAACUCAACCGAUGAAAUGGGCAAUGCGACUUAGAGUUGCUUUACACCUUGCCCAAGCUCUAGAGUACUGUACCAGCAAAGGGCGUGCUCUGUAUCAUGAUCUAAAUGCUUACAGAGUUCUUUUUGAUGAUGACUUUAAUCCAAAACUUUCAUGCUUCGGUUUGAUGAAAAACAGUCGAGAUGGGAAAAGUUAUAGUACGAAUUUGGCAUUUACCCCGCCUGAAUAUCUCAGGACAGGUAGAGUUACUCCCGAGAGUGUAACUUAUAGCUUUGGGACCCUUUUGCUUGACCUUCUCAGUGGAAAGCAUAUUCCUCCAAGCCAUGCCCUUGACCUGAUCAGGGACAGGAACCUUCGGAGUCUAACAGAUUCUUGUUUAGAAGGACAAUUUUCAGAUGACGAGGGGACCGAAUUGGUCCGUCUAGCCUCACGAUGUUUACAAUCUGAACCGCGAGAGCGUCCUAAUCCAAAGUCACUGGUCACUGCUCUAAUACCUUUACAGAAGGAUUCUGAGGUUCCUUCUCAUGUUCUGAUGGGUAUACCUGAUGGUAGUGCUGCUUUUCCCCUUACUCCACUUGGGGAAGCUUGUCUACGCAUGGAUCUGACUUCCAUUCAUGAACUGCUGGAGAAAAUUGGGUAUAAAGAUGACGAGGGCACAGCUACCGAGCUUUCAUUCCAAAUGUGGACCAACCAGAUGCAGGAAACAUUAGACUCAAAGAAGAAGGGAGACGCUGCUUUUCGGCAUAAGGACUUCAAAACCGCAAUAGAUGGCUAUACACAGUUUAUUAACGUUGGAAGCAUGGUGUCUCCAACAAUUUACGCCCGUCGUAGUCUCUCUUAUCUCAUCAGCAAUAUGCCAACGGAAGCACUCGGUGACGCAAUGCAGGCGCAAAUGAUAUCUCCCAUUUGGUACAUUGCAUUUUACUUACAAGCUAUCGCUCUUUUGGCAUUGGGUAAGGAGAAUGAUGCACAAGUGGCACUUAAAGAAGGUUCAUCACUUGAAACUAAAAAGAACACAAAUUAGUACAUGAAGUGGUUAGCCAAAUCUUGAAGAUAACAACUUUUUUUUACAUAGAAAAAACAGCUGCUGGUUUCUCAAUGUUUGGGUAAAUGUACAUGUUCCUUAUUGGAUAAUUGUUAGGAUUGUUUUUAAGGUUUAUUAUACUUGUGCAUGCUUAGAAGCAUUCUUUUGCAGUAGGAUUAUCUUUUUGUUGUUUAUUUACCUAUGUUAGUGGCAGCAUAAAAGAAGUGAAAUAUAUGAUCAUUUAGAAGAGAGGUGUGUUUGUAAAGGAUUGACAUGGCAUUUGCUGGGAAAGUAUCAAAUGCUUGUAGUUGUGCUUGUAAUUUAAUGUACAGAACAAAUGGUUAUGGCUACCAUAUGUCGACAUGUUUUUUGUAUGUUAAAUAUAUUGAUAUAUAUUCA